AUGCAUAAAAAUGCAGAUACAUACCUUGUUACUCUACAUAUUGACGUGCCUUUUGUCUUUCAGCAAAAUAAGCAGAUAUUAAUUGAUGCUGUUGUCCAUGCUGUUAACGAGGAUUAUGCUGAGAUGGCAAAUGAUUUUACCAGGCUUGGUUUUUUGGCUAGUGGAACUGAUGUCUCUCCUAUCAUUCCAGCGUUAGAAGCCAUAUGGCAGAAUUCUGCUGGAAAAGGGCUCUCUGAUUUUAAUUUUCGAAGCGUUACUGGGCAAUUUAAUAAACUCGUUUACAACUAUCCCAUCCGGAUCCCAGAGAGGUUUUCCCUUGUUAUCCGUUCUUUACUGACUCAAGAGGGCAUCUGUUUUACCCUCAAGCCAGAUUUCAAAUUUCUUGAGGUUGCCUACCCAUAUGUGGCAAAGCGCCUUUUAACAGAUCCCAAUCCAGCUCUUCGUGAACGCCUCAUACAGGUUCUUUUUAAAGAUGGUGUUUUCCAGUGGAAACGGCUUGAAAAUCUUAUUGUCCUUGCGAAGGAAAAUGUGGCCAAAAUGAGUAGCAACCCUGCCUUGCAAGUGAAGAACGCGCCAAAUUCAAGAAGCCGGAAAAUUGAAAGAAAACUGGACCUGACAGACACCAUUAAAGAUGGAGCUCGUCUUUUCCUCUUUGAUGAAGGUAUCCGUAGACAGCUUCUUCUUGCUCUGACCGAAGACUCUAAGCUCCAUGUUCAAGAGCUGGUAGAUGUCUACAGACUGGUUGAAGAUGAGAUAGAUGUACCAUCGGUGGCUGUGGAAAUUAUACAAGAUUUUCCAAAUGUGGUUCGGGAUUUCUUGCUGUCAUGGAGCAACUCAGUGUUAUAUGACAGAUGAUACAAAAUUUUACUGCCUGUAUGACAACAUAAACUUGAGAAUCAUUUUGUCUUGAUGAGUUCAUCUGGACUCAGUAAUCACCAAAAGUUAGUCAUCGAAACCGUGUAUACUGAAUGUUGUAGCAGAAAUAAUUGCUGCUCCUGUACAUAUAAUUAUAUCCAUUCUUCUUGUGGGUAUUUACUUUCAUAUU